CUUGGAGCCAAGACUCGGUUGAAGUAGGCUGCGCAGAAAGCCCGGCAGGCUGCAGCCUCAGACUCUCACUGGAGCUAAAAUGGCGCUGACUUCCCAAGGAACAAAGAAGAAAGUUUGCUAUUAUUAUGACGGUGAUGUUGGGAAUUAUUACUAUGGCCAGGGUCACCCCAUGAAGCCCCACCGCAUCCGCAUGACCCACAACCUGCUCCUCAACUAUGGUCUCUACAGGAAGAUGGAGAUCUACAGGCCACACAAAGCCAACGCUGAAGAAAUGACCAAAUAUCACAGUGACGACUACAUCAAGUUCCUCCGUUCCAUCCGCCCAGAUAACAUGUCCGAAUACAGCAAGCAGAUGCAGAGAUUUAAUGUGGGUGAAGAUUGUCCCGUGUUCGACGGCCUGUUUGAGUUCUGUCAACUUUCAACAGGUGGCUCUGUCGCGGGUGCCGUAAAACUAAACAAGCAGCAGACAGACAUCGCCAUUAAUUGGGCGGGCGGCCUUCACCAUGCCAAGAAGUCGGAGGCGUCUGGUUUCUGCUACGUCAACGACAUUGUGCUGGCCAUCCUGGAACUACUCAAGUACCAUCAAAGAGUUCUGUAUAUCGAUAUUGACAUCCACCACGGUGAUGGAGUAGAGGAGGCCUUCUACACCACAGACCGUGUCAUGACCGUGUCUUUCCAUAAGUAUGGAGAGUACUUCCCUGGCACAGGCGACCUCAGAGACAUUGGUGCUGGAAAGGGCAAAUACUAUGCUGUGAACUACCCACUCAGGGACGGGAUUGACGACGAGUCCUAUGAAGCCAUAUUCAAACCUAUAAUGGCCAAAGUGAUGGAGAUGUACCAGCCGAGCGCCGUAGUGCUUCAAUGUGGUGCUGAUUCUCUGUCUGGGGACAGGCUGGGCUGCUUUAACCUCACCAUCAAAGGUCAUGCCAAGUGUGUCGAGUACAUUAAGAGUUUUAACAUGCCCUUACUCAUGCUGGGUGGAGGAGGCUACACCAUCAGAAAUGUGGCCCGGUGUUGGACCUUUGAGACGGCUGUCGCCUUGGACAGCACUAUUCCUAACGAGCUUCCAUACAAUGACUACUUUGAGUAUUUCGGACCUGACUUCAAGCUCCACAUCAGUCCCUCCAACAUGACCAACCAGAACACAAAUGACUACCUAGAAAAGAUCAAGCAGCGUCUGUUUGAGAACCUGCGCAUGCUUCCUCAUGCUCCAGGGGUGCAGAUGCAGGCGAUCCCAGAGGACGCCGUACAGGAGGACAGUGGGGACGAGGAGGACGACCCAGACAAACGCAUCCCCAUCCGUGCCCACGAUAAGCGGAUAGCCUGCGACGAAGAGUUCUCCGAUUCCGAGGAUGAAGGGCAAGGCGGCCGCAGGAACGCAGCGAAUUACAAGAAGACAAAGAGGGUGAAGACAGAGGAAGAGAAAGAUGGAGAAGAGAAGAAAGGUGAUUGCACGGACGUGAAGGAGGAGGAGAAAACCCCAGAAGAAAAAAUGGACACAAAAGGGCCAAAAGAAGAGCUGAAAACGACCUGAGUCUGAACAGCUGCAUGAACUUGAGUUCACACACACACAAUGAUGUUAGCCUUCAGGCUAAACACUGUAAAUUAUUUUCUAAGACUCCUUUUACUAUUUGUAUUCUUAAUGGGCGGUAUAAAGAUUUUUUUUGUUUGUUCUGCA